CGCUGCGCCUGUGCCGCGCUGCGCGCCUGCUGCCGGCUGCUGCCGCCGCGACCCAAAACACGGCCCCAGCCCCGCGGCCGCCUCCGCGCCGCGCCUCCUCCUCCUCCUCUUCCUCCUCCGCCUCCUUUGCUUCCCGGCCCUCUCCGCCGAAGCCCGCCAUGCCGGCUUUCCAGUACCCCGAGGUGUAUCGCGACGAGACCGCCGUGUCGGAUUACCAUGGAUGUAAAAUCAGCGAUCCGUACUGCUGGCUCGAAGAUCCCGACAGUGAGGAGACGAAGGCCUUUGUGGAGGCUCAGAACAAGCUCACAGUUCCCUUUCUCGAGCAGUGUCCUGUGAGAGGGCUGUUCAAGGAACGAAUGACUGAACUCUAUGAUUAUCCUAAGUACAGCUGCCACUUCAAGAAAGGAAAAAGGUAUUUUCACUUCUACAAUACCGGGCUCCAGAAUCAGCGAGUUUUAUAUGUACAAGAUUCCUUGGAUGCCGAUGCCAAAGUUUUUCUUGAUCCAAAUAAGCUUUCUGAUGAUGGCACAGUGGCCUUACGAGGUUAUGCAUUCAGUGAAGACGGUGAAUACUUUGCAUAUGGCCUGAGUUCUAGUGGCUCUGAUUGGAUUACUAUUAAGUUUAUGAAAGUAGAAGGUCCUGAGGAUCUCCCAGAUACACUGGAGAGAGUUAAAUUCAGUUGCAUGGCAUGGACCCAUGAUGGAAAAGGCAUGUUCUAUAACAGCUACCCACAACAAGAUGGGAAAAGUGAUGGUACUGAGACCUCCACUAAUCUGCAUCAAAAGCUGUAUUAUCACGUAUUAGGAACUAACCAGUCAGAUGAUAUCCUGUGUGCUGAAUUUCCUGAUGAACCAAAAUGGAUGGGUGGAGCUGAGGUGUCGGAUGAUGGUCGAUAUGUGUUGCUCUCUAUCAGGGAAGGCUGUGAUCCAGUGAACAGACUGUGGUACUGUGAUCUACAGAAGGAGUCUCAGGGUAUAUCAGGAAUUCUUCAGUGGGUGAAGCUGAUAGAUAACUUUGAGGCUGAGUACGAGUAUGUCACCAAUGAAGGAACAGUGUUCACUUUCAAGACAAACCGCCACUCUCCAAAUUAUCGGUUAAUCAACAUUGACUUCAACGAUCCAGAGGAAUCCAAAUGGAAAGUUCUCAUCCCUGAACAUGAAAAAGAUGUUCUAGAAUGGGUUGCUUGUGUCAGGUCCAAUUACCUGGUGUUGUGCUACCUGCAUGAUGUGAAGAAUAUCCUGCAGCUUCAUGACCUAGCCACUGGUGCUCAUCUCAAGACUUUUCCCCUAGAAGUUGGUAGUAUUGUGGGAUAUAGUGGCCAAAAGAAGGACACUGAAAUAUUCUACCAGUUUACUUCCUUUUUAUCUCCAGGUAUUAUAUAUCACUGUGAUCUGACCAAAGAGGAACUGGAGCCAAGAGUUUUCCGAGAAGUGACUGUUAAAGGAUUUGAUCCUUCAGUUUACCAGACAAUUCAGGUUUUCUACCCUAGCAAAGAUGGCACUAAGAUCCCAAUGUUCAUUAUUCACAAGAAAGGAAUUAAAUUAGAUGGUUCUCAUCCUGCCUUCUUGUAUGGAUAUGGAGGCUUCAACAUAUCAAUUACACCAAGCUACAGCGUGUCAAGACUUAUUUUUGUGCAACACCUGGGAGGGGUUCUGGCAGUGGCGAACAUCAGGGGCGGGGGCGAAUAUGGAGAAACCUGGCACAAAGGUGGUAUCUUGGCCAACAAACAGAAUUGCUUUGAUGACUUUCAGUGUGCUGCCAAAUACCUCAUCAAGGAAGGCUACACAUCCCCAAAGAAGCUGACUAUUAAUGGAGGCUCAAAUGGGGGCCUCUUAGUUGCUGCGUGUGCCAAUCAGCGCCCUGACCUGUUUGGCUGUGCCAUUGCCCAAGUGGGAGUGAUGGACAUGCUGAAAUUCCACAAGUACACCAUCGGCCAUGCCUGGACCACUGACUAUGGUUGUUCUGACUGUAAGGAGCAGUUCGAAUGGCUGCGCAAGUACUCUCCACUUCACAAUGUCAAGCUGCCAGAAGAAGAUGGCAUCCAGUAUCCCUCCACGCUGCUGCUCACAGCAGACCACGACGACCGCGUGGUCCCGCUGCACUCUCUGAAGUUCAUCGCCACCCUGCAGUACAUCGUGGGCCGGAGCAGCAAACAAACCAAUCCCCUUCUCAUCCACGUUGACACCAAGGCUGGCCAUGGAGCAGGAAAGCCAACUGCUAAAGUUAUAGAAGAAGUGUCAGAUAUGUUUGCUUUUGUAGCACGAUGUCUAAAUCUAGAGUGGAUUGAAUAGGAAAAGUGCUUAUUACUGUCUCCUUUAGAAAACAAGGGCUUUAACAUUAAAGAACAGCAACACUACAACAUGGUGUAGUACUUACAUUUAAGAACUACAGUUUAAUAUUUUAUUGAUCCAACCUGCUAUGGAGUUUUCAUCUGUGCUUCCCUCUUUUUGGCAUUUCUUUGAUUUUUUUUCUACUGCAUUCCAAAUUCCAUUUUGAAAAGCAUGUUCAAAAAAAUAGCUGAGCUACUCUCAGUACUGUUGUGAAAAUUUAGAUUUCAAAAUUAGUGCUAUUUGAGCUUAUUUCCUGUAAACAGUUUUAAUGUAUUUCACCUAUAAACAUAUCCAGAUCAUUUGUAAUUAAAUGUAAGUACUGUUCACAUACAAGAUCUCUGAGCAUAUUUUAUUUACACAGUAAUUUAUUUAAGAAUGUAAAUUGAAGGUGUUCAGUGAUAACCAUGAAAAACUGAAGAGAUGGUAAUCCAGUUAAGUCAAAUAUUAUUAAAAAGCUUAUAUUACAUUCUGUUCAUAAACGUGUUACAGUCUAUAAUAAUGAUUUUGCUAAAUUGUUCUUUCUUUCCAAAGAGACUUCAAAAUGUCA